GGUCCAUCUCUUCUGUUGCACCACUCUGUAUCAAACGCAUUCAGCUGCAGAAGGUUGAUAUAGACCAAUUUGAACGGCUUGCACACAAUACACGUAUGAUAAAGGCACCGGCAUGUCCACGACGCGUGUCAAAGGAUGAGUCUAAGCGUAAUGAAACCCAGACUGUCGAAUCCAUUCGCGAGGGGCUGUGUCUGUGGCCAUCAAGCGCGGCAACCAACACGCAGUGGAGUGCUAACCUAGGCGCUGCUCGCCACUACAGUGACGCAUAUGACUUUCUCAAAGACCAGCGAGGCAAUCUAGUUAGCUGGAAAGAUCGCGACAAUGCCGAGCUCAGGAAGGCAGUCCGUCAUCUCGAACGGGUCUUUUCGUCGCUUGCUAGGGCACAAGUAAAUUGGAUCUCCGUGGCCAUCUCCAGCAUGGUCUCAAGCAUCUGCAAUUUGCCGUACGUGAUGACGUCCAACAAUUACGCAACGGUUCCCUACGGACAACAGCGAUCGAGGCACAAAAAGCGCUUGGCAGGGGCAGAGGCAGUGCAGCAAGAAACCAACGACGAGAAAGUCACGCAGGUACGACAAGCACGACGCAACACACGAUAUAUCGAGCUUCAUCACGAGCAGGAUGACGACACGCAGGCGCGAACGGCAUGUCGCGACGCACAAUUCACUGCGUGUAACGAUGAACAAAACAACGACAGCGAUCGGGAGACCACACAGCCCCGUCGUACGGGCAAACGCAACCGGUCAAGGACGGCAAAAGCUCAGCUGCUUCAGGCUGUAGAAAAUGACAGGGACUGAAGCGCCGCCACUGCCGGCGGAAUGGAUCAAGCACGGAAAUGCAGCAAGCGUGCAAGACAC